AACAAGAAAGGUUAUGACAUGUAAUUUCGUAAAACCUUUUUGGAAGAAAUUUAUUUAAUUUUAAUGCAUAAUGUAAUAUUAAAAUGAAUUCCGUAAAAAAACUCAUAACCAAAAUGGCAAAUUCACUGGCUGGUGUGAAAUCAGAUUUAAGCCGGCCGUUCACGGUAAUCGUUGAAGGAAACGUCGGUAGCGGUAAGACAACUUUUCUAAAUUAUUUCAACAAGUACGAUCAUGUCGCUGUAUGUUCCGAACCCAUCGAAAUGUGGAGGAACUGCGAUGGAUACAAUUUACUUGACCUUAUGUAUAAGGAUCCCAAGAAGUGGAGUUUCACUUUCCAGUCCUACGUUCAGCUCACGAUGCUGAGACAACACACCAGGAAGAUUCCUCAACCUAUAAAAUUGAUGGAACGUUCCAUAUAUAGCGCCAGAUACUGCUUUGUGGAGAAAAUGGCGAGGGACUCCUUGAUGGCAGCCCCAGCGGUGGCUGUAAUCGAUGAAUGGUUCAAGUUUAUUACUAACGAGGAGCAGAUAGACGUCGACUUGAUCGUGUACUUGAGAACAUCUCCCGAAGUAGUUUACGAACGAAUCUUGAAACGUAAUAGAUCUGAGGAACGAACGAUCGCUUUUGAUUAUUUCAAAGCCCUGCACGAGAUACAUGAGGACUGGCUUUAUCACAAGACAUUACAUAAGGUUCCUGCACCUGUAAUCGUUCUCAAUGCCAAUCUCGAUAGAUCUGUUAUAGAAGAAGAGUAUGAUAAGUACGAACCUCAAAUUUUGAAUAAGUUGCCGUUACAGGCACAUGCAUUUUAAUCUCAGCAUACUUAAUGACAGGUCUUUUUAUAUUUUUUGAACAUGGAGUCCCGAAUAAAGAUGUGUAGCAUUAAUUUUCAACUACUUCAUUCCGAACGUGCGACCAAUUUUUUAAAAGCAAUUACAGUUCAGAAACGGAUGUCUUGUGUGAAUGAAAUUUUGCGAAUAUCGUUUGAAAAUAGAAAUUGAAACAGUAAAUAUAAAAGUAUGCUGUACUUGCCAAUAAUUAUUAAUUUCUUUUAAUAUUAGUUUUGGUUUUAAAAUCAUAGUUUCCACUUCCGUAAGAUUUUUAAAUUAAAUUUACAAACUACGGAAAAUUAAUGCAUUUUUUUUCUAUUUAUGUAGUCGGUAUAGUCUCCUUAGUUUACCUUUACCACAAUUUGUUACAUCAUUUUUGUAUUAUAUUAGAACACAAAAUAACAGUAAUAGAAUAUAGUCAAAAAAUUAAGCAGAUCAAUCAUUUAUGAACGUACUCGAAAUAUAAACAGUCUCGAUUGUAUACCCAGUGAACGGUUUGCAUUCUUAUAACCGUCACUAUAAUUUAGUAUUAUUAGUUUGGUGUCUCAAGGACUGUAAAUGUACUUAUAUUUAGUGGUAAAUAAAAUUUGAAUCUAUUUA